AUAUCUAUAAUAAAAUCUAUUUGGACUUACGGAGUCGAGCUUUUUGGCUCCACUAAACCAUCGAAUUCCUCUCGAGAACGAAGGGAGUGGGGUAGCUCAGUGGCAGGGCACUCAGCUUCCAAUGCUAAAGGUCCCAGUUUGAGCGAGUGCUAUUUCGCGGGUAAGGGGGCGGCGGUGGUGCUGCCUCCGCACGAGCGGCUGCUGCCGUCCCCGAGCUGGCCCGCCCCCGCAGCCACCGGCUCCGACAUCCAGGCCCACCUCCAGUCCAUGUUCUACCUCCUCAGGCCGGAGGAGACCCUUAAGAUGGAUCCAAGACACGUUGAAUUCAAGUGCAAAAGAUUCGAGAAGCGAAGAAGAAUUAGUUUAGGAUCGCAAACUACGGAUGAUGGAGCUAAGUUUCUUCAGUCGAUGAAUAAAGAUAACACUCGUGACUUGAUUAAACAAACAAUACUCACCAUUAUCCGCUAUUGUUCGCGCUCAAAUGAAUCACCACCCCCUGGAGACAGCUCUCACUCCACGGGUCAUGGGCACCGGGUCUUGUCUGGAGAAAGUCGGCGACAAUGGAAAAUUCAUCAAGAAAGUUAG